AUGACCCGCGCGCCCGCCGUCCAUUCCUCUGCUCCCUUUGCCCCGCACUCCGUGCACUCCAUCUCUCCCCCAGUCGUCUCCCCCCCAACUGUGCCAAUCUUCCCCCCUCUCUCCCUCCUGUUCUCUCUUUCCCUGCCUCACCCUGCCUGUCAAUCCGGUUCCUCCUCCACACCCUGCCCCUGCAGCUUCAACGUGUAUGUGUGUGCUGCGGCAGAGCACUGUCACGUACUGGUGUCCCAAGCUGAGGAGAGGAGAGAAGCCAAAGGCAGUGAUAAUAACACGGCUGCUACUGACUUAGUAUUUGAAGUAGAGGUUUCUACUCUCUCACGCGCUCUUUCACGCGCUCUCUCACGCACUCUCUCACGCACUCUCUUACGCGCUCUUUCACGCGCUCUCUCACGCACUCUCUCACGCGCUCUCUCACGCGCUCUCUCACGCGCUCUCUCACGCGCAUUCUCUCUCUCACGUGCUUUUCCACUCGCUCACUCACGCGCUCUCGCACGCGCUCUCUCAUGCACACUCUCAUGCGCACUCUCACGCUCUCACACGCGCUCCCUCACGCGCUCUCUCACGCGCUCUCUCACGCGCACCCUCACGCGCACCCUUAUGCGCUCUCUCACGCGCUCUCUCACGUGCACACUCACGCGCUCUCUCACGCGCUCUCUCACGCGCUCUCUCACACGCGCUCUCAGGCACACCCUCACGCGCAUUCUCUCUCGCGCACUCUCACGCGCAUUCUCUCUCUCUCACGCACUCACUCACGCGCUCUCUCACGCGCUCUCUCACGCACACUCUCACGCGCACUCUCACGCUCUAACACGUGCUCUCUCAUGCGCUCUCUCACGCGCUUCUCUCACACACUCACUCACGCGCACCUCACGCACACCCUCACGCGCUCUCUCACGAGCUCUCUCACGCUCUAACACGCGCUCUCUCACAUGCUCUCUCAUACGCAACCUCACACGCUUUCUCACGCGCUCUCUCAUGCGCUCUCUCACGCGCUCUCUCACGGGCACCCUCACGCGCACCCUCACGCACUCUCUCACGCGCUCUCUCAUGCUCUCACACGCGCUCUCUCACAUGCUCUCUCAUACGCAACCUCACGCCUCUCUCACGCUCUCUCUCACACGCUCUCUCACACGCUCUCUCACACACUCUCUAAUGCGCACCCUCACGCACUCUCAUGCGCUCUCUCAUGCACACCCUAACGCGCUCUCUCAUGCGCUCUCUCACGCGCUCUCUCACGCCCUCUCUCACGCGUUCUCUCGCGCGCUCCCUCGCACCCUCUCCCGCACUCUCUCACACGCUCUCUAA